AUGGAUGUUGACAACUGGAAAGCUGAGCUGAACAUCCCUAAGAAAGACACCAGACCACAGACAGACGAUGUUCUUGGGACCAAGGGCAACACGUUUGAGGACUUUUUCCUUAAACGGGAGCUUUUGAUGGGUAUCUUCGAAGCCGGAUUUGAGAAGCCGUCGCCAAUUCAAGAGGAGGCGAUUCCUAUCGCGAUCGCCGGCAGAGACGUUCUGGCACGCGCCAAGAACGGAACCGGCAAAACCGCUGCCUUUGUGAUUCCGACCCUCGAGCGCGUCAAGCCCAAGCUCAGCAAGAUUCAGGCCCUGAUCAUGGUACCCACCCGUGAGCUGGCGCUACAGACGUCGCAGGUUGUUCGGACUUUGGGUAAACACUGCGGUAUCUCGUGUAUGGUGACAACAGGUGGUACGAAUUUGAGAGACGAUAUUAUGCGUCUGAAUGAGCCCGUACACAUCUUGGUUGGCACUCCAGGCCGUGUGCUGGAUUUGGCGUCGAGAAAGGUUGCCGACUUGUCCGAGUGUCCUCUGUUUGUCAUGGAUGAGGCCGACAAAAUGUUGUCUCGCGACUUCAAAACCAUAAUUGAACAAAUCUUGACAUUUUUGCCCCCAAAACACCAAUCUCUACUGUUCAGUGCUACAUUCCCACUAACCGUCAAAGAAUUCAUGGUGAAACAUUUGCACAAGCCUUACGAAAUCAAUCUCAUGGACGAAUUGACGUUAAAAGGUAUCACUCAAUACUAUGCUUUUGUCGAGGAGAAACAAAAACUGCACUGUCUCAACACAUUAUUCUCCAAACUACAAAUCAACCAGGCUAUCAUUUUCUGUAACUCCACCAAUCGGGUGGAGCUAUUGGCCAAAAAAAUCACAGAUUUAGGAUUCUCUUGUUACUACUCACAUGCUCGCAUGAAGCAACAAGAAAGAAACAAGGUUUUCCACGAAUUUCGCCAGGGCAAAGUCCGUACCUUGGUGUGCUCCGAUCUACUGACACGUGGUAUUGACAUUCAAGCGGUAAACGUCGUGAUUAAUUUUGACUUUCCUAAAACGGCCGAGACGUAUUUGCAUCGUAUUGGUAGAUCAGGUAGAUUCGGACAUUUGGGGUUGGCCAUAAAUUUGAUCAAUUGGAAUGAUCGUUUCAACCUUUACAAGAUUGAACAAGAAUUAGGCACGGAGAUUGCUGCUAUUCCAGCCCAAAUCGACAAAUCUCUCUACGUGGCCGAAGACAACUCCGCCGUGCCCGUGCCCUUUCCCUUGUCGUCUUUGCCUAGUACGAUGGCUAAUGUUGCGGGUCAACAAUUGCCUCCCCAGGUGACUCAACCGCAAUUUCAUGCUGUACCUCCUCAUCAGCUGGAUCCACAACAACAAUUGCAGCAGCAGCAGCAACAACAACAACAUCAACAUCAACAUCAACAAUUACAACAACACCAAAUGCCUCUUAAUUACCCACCACAACAGUUUGCUUCCCAACAAUACCCACCACAGCCUUAUCCAUCUCAACAGUACGCGGGCCAGACGUAUGCACCACAACCGUUUAUGCAGGGAUCGCCAUCUUUGGACUCUACACCACAGCUUCGCGGUCAUGGAUCUCCUCAAGGCUACUGA